AUGGUCUUUGUUAUUAUUUAGCAAUUGAAUCACUUAAUAAAGCUCCAAGUAGUUUCAUUCAAUUUAAAGCAGUUGAAAUAUUAUUACAUUUACAUAAUAUUGAUAGUAAAAUGUUUUCAAUGAUUGAUGAUGAUAUUGAUCAAUAUAUAAAAAAAUUAAAUGAAAAUAAAUCAUUUGAAGAAAAAUUUCAAAAUUUAUUAUUAUUUAUUAAAGGAAAAUAUCUUGAAGACUUAAAAAUUUUAAGUGAAAAUAUUGGAAAAGAAAAGGAAGGAAAAGGAAAAGGAAAAAGUUUAAGUCAAAA